AUGGAAGUGUUGGCUCUUCAGAUCCUUUUGCUUUGCCAUGUUGUGGUUGGGACUGUGGGCAACAUCCUUCUGUUUGUCCAUAACUUCUCUCCAAUCUUGACUGACUCCAGACUGAGGCCAAUACAAGUCAUUCUAAUCAACUUGGCUGUGGCCAAUGCAUUCAUGCUCCUUCUGUUUGCAUAUUCAUAUGACCUUACUGAUAUUGUUCCCAGGAAGCCUCCAACUGACCUCAAAUGUAAACUUGCAUAUUUCUUUCACCUGGUUGCUCGAGGCACAAUCAUGUGCUCCACCUGUGUCCUCAGCACCUACCAGUUUGUCACUCUUGUUCCUGGUACCUGGGCUAGGGUCAUGUUCAGCGAAAUAUCCCCCAAGGUUGUGAGCUAUUGUUGUUACAGCUGCUGGUUGUUCAGUGUCUUAAAUAAUGCUUACAUGCUAAUGAAUGUCAGUGGUCCACAGAAAUCACACAAUGACUCUGAUUCUAAAAGCAAUUCGAUAUGCUCCAUCUCUGGGGUCAGUGUAGACAUGAAUAUCUUGCGGUUUUCCCAUGACAUCAUAUUCCUAAGCAUCAUGGCCUGGACCAGUGUCUCCAUGGUGAUUCACCUACACAGACACCACCAGAGAAUGAACCACAUACAUAAGGUCAAUCAAAACAACAGAGGCCAUGCUGAGACCAGAGCAGCCCACACCAUCCUGAUGCUGGUGGUCACAUUUGUGAGCUUAUAUAUUCUAAAUUGUAUUAGUAUUUUAUUUUACAUUUCCUUUGUGGAAUCUCGUCUCUGGUUGAGGUAUGUCACAAAACUCCUGGCUCUAAGCUUCCCCACCAUUUCUCCUUUACUGUUGAUAUUUAGGGAUUCUAAGGGUCAUUGUUCUCUGCACAUCAUGUCAGUAUGGAAAUCCACGUGA